AUGGGCCCGAUCCAGGAUCGGCCCAAUUUUUUCAAAAAUAUUACACACAACUCUAACAGCUACUCUGUUUUAACAAUUUUAUCAUUAACUAUAUUAUUAAAAUAUUUAAUAUAUAUAUAUAUAUAUAUAUAUAUAUACAUAUUGAUUUCAGGACUUAGAAAAGAGUGGUGCGAUGAUGCAAAUACCACCACAUUCAUUAUGGUCUCCUUGUAUCACCUCUUGUAUUCCUUUCUUCUUCCCUUGUUCAUUUUGGUGGUUGCCAUUUUCUCAAAAUGGUUAUUUUCUCCUUCAAAGACACUUAAGAACCUACCACCUUCUCCGGGGAAGCUUCCCAUCAUCGGAAACCUCCACCAACUAGGUUCAAGCCCUCAUCGUUCUCUCCAAGCUUUAUCCAAGAAACAUGGCCCUCUCAUGCUGCUUCAUUUCGGACGUGUGCCCGUGGUUGUAGCCUCUUCUGCUGAUGCAUCUCGAGAAAUCAUGAAAACCCAUGAUUUAAUCUUCGCCAAUCGCGCAAAAUCGAGUGUCCCGAGUAUACUUUCUUACAAUGCAAGGGACAUUGCGUUUGCAGAUUAUGGAGAGUAUUGGAGACAGAUUAAAAGCAUUGCUGUGCUACAGCUUCUGAGCCAGAAAAGAGUUCAAUCGUUUCGUCGAAUGAGAGAAGAAGAGACUGAUCUGCUAGUCGAAAGAAUCAUAGAGAUCGGCUGUUCAUCUUCUCCGGUGGUUAAUAUGAGUGAGUUAUUGAUUUCACUGACAAAUGGCGUGAUUUGUAGAUCGGCGUUGGGGCGGAAGCACGGCGGCGAGAAUUUCAAAGAGUUAUUUGUCCACUUUGUGGAGUUACUGGGUGUUUUCAGUGUAGGAGAUUACAUCCCGUGGCUGUCAUGGGUGGAUCGUUUGAAUGGAUAUGAUGUUAGAGCAGUGAAAGUUGCUGCAGAAUUCGAUGCGUUUCUUGAAGGUGUGAUCGAAGAACACGUUGAACGGAAAAAACGAACAUCUGGUGAUUGCAGCAACGACGACGAGAAAGAUUUUGUGGACAUUUUACUGGAUAUCCAGAACCAGAAGGACGCCAGUUUUGUUCUUGAUAGAGAUACCGUCAAAGCUCUUAUCUUGGAUGUGUUCACGGGUGGAACCGAUACAACUUACUCAACUCUCGAGUGGGAACUCAGUGAGUUACUACGAAACCCUCAUGCCAUGAAAAAGCUACAAGAAGAGGUACGGGAAGUAGCCAAAGGCAAGCCGAAGAUCACUGAAGACGACUUGGAUCAAAUGCUGUAUUUAAAGGCCGUUGUGAAAGAAACUUUCCGAAUGCACACACCACUCCCACUGCUCGUUCCUCGUGAAUCGACCAAAGAUGUUAAAGUAAUGGGCUACGACAUUGCAGCAGGAACACAAGUUUUGAUUAACGCGUGGGCUGUUGGGCGAGACCCAUGUUCAUGGGACGAACCUGAACAGUUCCGUCCAGAGAGGUUCUUGGAUAGUCCCAUUGAUUACAAAGGGUUUCAUUUCGAGUUGACGCCAUUUGGCGCUGGCCGAAGGAAAUGCCCUGGAAUCCAGUUUGCAAUGAAUGUUAAUGAGCUUGUGUUAGCUAGCUUGGUGCAUAGGUUUGAUUUCGAGUUACCUGAUGCACAAAAAUGGGAGGAUUUGGACAUGAGUGAGACUACUGGGAUCACAAUUCAUAAGAAAUUGCCUUUACUUGUGGUAGCAACUCCAUAUGUUUGAGUACUUGAGGAUCCGAAUGCUUGCGGUUCGUGUCUUCCUCUACAUCUCUUCACCCCUUUCUUCCAACCCGAUGAUUAUCAUGCAUUAUGCCAUCGGGUUUAUCACGCUUAUCGUAUAUUUUAUCUUGCGAUACGAUCAUUUCCAUCCG